AAAUGACAUUUAGAUAUGACUUUAUAUAACGUCAUGCAUUUAUAUAUUUAAAAACUGACUAAUCCAUAUUGUAAUCAUGAUGUCGUUGUUUCCAAUAUGCAUAACACUUGUUGGUCUCUUUGUUAAAUCAAGAGCUGAAUGUUAUUGUGGAGCUGAUAGUCUUUUGAAUGAUUUAAAUUAUCGAGUUGAUCGUGUUGAUGAAAUUAUUGAUAUUAUUCAAAAACGAUACAACACACAUACACAACAACAGUACAAUUAUGAACAAGCCAUUGAAAGAGCAAAAACUGUAUUAAAUAAAUUGGACAAUAUGAAAACAAAUACUGAUGAUGAUGAUGAUAAUGAUGAUGAUGAUAGUGACGAUACAAAUGAUUCAUCAAGCUUACCAUGGCAACAAGAUACGAUAAUUGAUGGAGAAAAAAAUAAUCCAUUAACACGAAGAUUUAUAAAAGAAGAUGGUAAAAAAUGGAAUAAACAAUUUUACAAAGCAUUUGCAAAAGUAUUAGAAAAAGAAUUUGUUAAACAACCUGCUAUACAUGAACAUUUAGGUGAUAAUUUUGAUGUUCACAAGUACGUUGUCAAAGAAGAAUAAUAAAGAAUAAAAAAUAUAUAUAUAUAUUAUAAGUUAUAUAACAAUAAAAAAAUUAACUAAUAAUAAUAAAAUUAUAAAACAACAAAUUUGUUUAUUUAAUUUUAAAAAUUACGAGUCAAUAAAAUGAAAUAACAAAAAAAAAAAGUAAAAAAAGAAAAAAAAAAAGUAAAAUAACAAACAAAAUUAAUAAAACUAUAAUGAUAAUAUCAAAUUUCACAGUCAGCCUUGAUUAAAUAACAAUAAAAAAUAAUAAAAUAAAUAAUAAUAAAGUAAAUGAAUCAAAUCAAUGAGAAAAA